AUGGCUGAACAAGAGACGUUUGCUUUCCAGGCUGAGAUCAAUCAACUGUUGAGUCUGAUCAUCAACACCUUCUACAGCAACAAGGAGAUCUUUCUCCGGGAACUCAUCAGCAACUCAUCUGAUGCUAUUGACAAGAUCCGUUUUGAAAGUUUGACUGACAAGAGUAAGCUUGAUGCUCAACCAGAGCUUUUCAUUCACAUCAUCCCUGACAAGACCAAUAACACACUGUCUAUCAUUGACAGCGGUAUUGGAAUGACCAAGGCUGAUUUGGUGAACAAUCUCGGUACCAUUGCAAGGUCUGGAACCAAGGAAUUCAUGGAAGCCAUUGCUGCUGGUGCUGAUGUCAGUAUGAUUGGGCAGUUUGGUGUCGGGUUCUAUUCUGCUUACUUGGUUGCCGAGAAGGUAGUGGUUACCACAAAGCACAACGAUGAUGAGCAGUAUGUGUGGGAGUCGCAAGCUGGUGGUUCAUUCACUAUUACUAGAGACACAUCUGGUGAAAGCCUUGGCAGGGGCACCAAGAUGACUCUCUUCCUCAAAGAAGACCAGCUUGAAUACCUUGAGGAGCGAAGGCUGAAGGAUUUGGUCAAGAAGCACUCUGAGUUCAUUAGCUACCCAAUCUCCCUUUGGGUUGAGAAGACCACUGAGAAGGAGAUCUCUGAUGAUGAGGAUGAGGAGGACAAGAAAGAUGAGGAAGGAAAGGUUGAGGAAGUCGAUGAAGAGAAGGAGAAGGCUGAAAAGAAAAAGAAGACGAUCAAAGAAGUGUCUCAUGAGUGGAAUUUGGUGAACAAGCAGAAACCCAUCUGGAUGAGGAAACCUGAGGAGAUAACAAAGGAGGAGUAUGCAGCUUUCUACAAGAGCCUCACCAAUGACUGGGAGGAGCACUUGGCUGUGAAACACUUCUCAGUUGAGGGUCAGCUUGAGUUUAAGGCGGUUCUCUUCGUUCCUAAGAGAGCUCCAUUUGAUCUCUUCGACACCAAGAAGAAGCCCAACAACAUUAAGCUUUAUGUUCGACGUGUCUUUAUCAUGGAUAACUGUGAGGAGUUGAUUCCUGAGUAUUUGAGCUUUGUGAAGGGUAUUGUGGACUCUGAGGACUUGCCUCUCAACAUCUCCCGUGAGAUGUUACAACAGAACAAGAUUUUGAAGGUCAUCCGCAAGAACUUGGUCAAGAAAUGCAUUGAACUCUUCUUUGAGAUUGCAGAGAACAAAGAAGAUUACAACAAGUUCUACGAGGCUUUCUCGAAGAACCUCAAGCUGGGAAUACAUGAGGAUUCCCAGAACAAGACUAAGAUUGCUGAAUUGCUUAGAUAUCACUCCACCAAGAGUGGUGAUGAGCUAACCAGCUUGAAGGAUUAUGUGACCAGGAUGAAGGAAGGGCAGAACGACAUCUACUACAUCACUGGUGAGAGUAAGAAGGCUGUUGAGAAUUCUCCCUUCCUCGAGAAGCUGAAGAAGAAUGGUUAUGAAGUCCUCUACAUGGUUGAUGCUAUUGAUGACCUUGAGGAGCCUAACACCUUUGGCAACAGGAUUCACAGAAUGCUUAAACUUGGUUUGAGCAUUGAUGAGGAUGAUGCUGGUGAGGCUGAUGUUGACAUGCCAGCAUUGGAGGAAGCAGAUGCUGAUGCUGAGGGUUCCAAGAUGGAAGAAGUUGAUUAA